AUGAAGACAUGGUCUUCCACGAUGUACCAUAAUCCUGCUCAUAAUUUGUCCAUGGAGGCAUCACGCCAUGAACAUAUAACCACCACCAAUAACACUACUGACAUUGUGCGCCCCAGGAAUACUAGGCUAUUAUUGACACAUGUUCAGAAACACUUGAAAUUAGUAUAUGUUUCAGGAUCUUCUCUCGGAAGGGAUUAUACAUAUUUCCUGAAAAAUAAAGACAAUAUUCACAAAUCCUGUAAAGAGUCUUUGUUAGACGAUUUUCAGAAACAAAGUCUCACACGUACUUGGGGUAUUUUAGAUAGGCGCAGGCCGGCGCACACUAUACAGCAACUGACAGAUAAUGAAGCAAUAAUGUGUGAAAGGUCCAAAGGAGGAUUAUCAUGGGAUGCAAAGCCCCGUAAUUCUCUUGUACACGACAUACGAAACAUACAAAUCGUUAUGAUUACACAUAAUAUGGAAAUUCUACAACGGAUUCUUCAAAAGAUUAGAUACAUACAAGAGAGGGUUCUAACUACCCGAAUCAGCAUUAUCAUAGAAUAUCAUAGGGAAUUAAGUGUGGCUCUCCAAGAGACUUUAUCAAUGAGAAAUAGAACAUUCCCCACCGAAGUAAAACGUCAAGGAAAAUAUCUCCUAAACCUCAAAGGGGAAAUGCGGAAAAUCCAUACGGUACUUCAAGAAUUGAAAGGACCAAUCUUAGUAAGUAUCGCAAUACUCAAGAUCCGGGAUCAUCAACAAGCAUUCGGAAAAAUCCGUACUAUAAUCCUCAGGCAGUACCGCGCAGUCAUCAAUUCAGUGUGCGAUCCAAUACGUAAGAUCAAGGCGGCAGAAAUAAUACAUACAUGUCGAAGAAUUCUACAUCGUCCUGCAUCGUCCUUAUAA